AUGAAUCUAAUAUUUAUUUUUAUGAUUGCAACAUUUUCAGCGAUUUCCGCGCAAUAUACCCGCCAAAAGGAACGUGACGACGGCUCCUUCACCAUUGGUCAGAAUUACAACACGCGCGGCCAACCACACGACUCCAUCUACGCGCUGCUCUCAAAAAGUUCAGGCUGGACGGGCGUUUCAAGAAUGCUAGAAGAAGAGUUCAACGAAGUUCAGCCCAGACAGUCUUUCCAAGGGACCGCGUUUAUCUCCAAGUUACCCUACAGCGAAAUUUUAAGGGCCCUGGAAGCAUUUAUAAGGCUUAAGGGUGAAAUCGGCUCAAGACUCAGCGCCCUCUAUUUGGACAACAGGGAAAUUAUCAGGGCGGUUGGUCAAACUUUGAUAGGCAAGUUGGGACUUUUACACGGGUUCACCCUUAACGGGAUCAUUUUGCUGAGGAAGUUGCUCGAAUUCGCAGGGCAACUCUUCGGCAAUUGGAACGUUAAUGUUGAUUUAUCCAACAACUAA